UUUCAUCAGGCUUGAUGAGCAUCGCAAUGUAUUGAGGGUUGGCUAAUCCUAUACAAGAAGCACGCGAAAACGCUACGAAAAGUCGUACAUAUUAUCGAACUCUGUAGGUGCGAAUGUGUCUCGAUCUACGCAAUCUACGUAGAAAGAGAGGUUAGGAUUCAAAGCUUGGGUACGUCAUAAGUGAACGUAAAACAAGGAGAUUGCUCGUGGAUAUAAGAUCGCGAUACAUCAGUGCUCUGUGCUACGAAUCGAAACAACAGCCAGGGUUACGACAUGAGCACUCAGCAGAGUCCAGCCGCCUUACAAUCCACUGUCGACCGUGAGAAGGUAUACACAUGGAUAAUCGAGCUAUCGAAUCCAGAGACAAGGGAGAAUGCUCUUCUGGAGUUGAGCAAGAAGCGUGAGGUAGUGCCUGAUCUGGCACCCAUGUUGUGGCACUCGUUUGGUACUACAGCCUCUCUCCUUCAGGAGAUCAUUAACAUUUAUCCCGCGAUCAAUCCUGCAACUCUCACUGCUUAUCAGAGUAACCGGGUUUGUAAUGCCUUGGCGCUGCUACAAUGCGUAGCCAGCCAUCCAGAAACAAGAUCUGCAUUUUUACAGGCACAUGUUCCAUUGUUCUUGUAUCCGUUUCUGCAUACCGUAAGCAAGACACGCCCAUUUGAAUACCUUCGCUUAACAAGUCUUGGUGUGAUUGGUGCACUGGUCAAAACCGAUGAACAAGAAGUGAUCACCUUUCUUCUCACUACUGAGAUUAUCCCACUUUGUUUACGGAUUAUGGAAAGCGGCUCGGAAUUAAGUAAGACUGUGGCGACAUUUAUAUUGCAGAAGAUACUGUUAGAUGACAGUGGCCUCUCCUAUAUCUGUCAGACUUAUGACAGAUUCAGUCAUGUUGCCAUGAUAUUAGGAAAAAUGGUUUUAUCCUUGGCCAAAGAUCCUUCAGCAAGAUUGCUUAAACAUGUAGUACGAUGUUACUUGAGACUUUCUGAUAAUCCGAGAGCACUGUUAGCUCUAAGGCAGUGCUUACCGGAUCAGUUGAGAGAUAACACUUUUGCAACAUGUUUGCAAGAAGAUGCCUCAACUAAACAUUGGUUAAACUUGCUUCUUAAGAAUCUCGAGGCCGGUCCGCAACAACCAGGUCCACCGACUCAGCCGGGUCAACAAGAUCCCAGGACGAUUGGUAUGUCGCCGCUUACAUCUUAAGGUAUCCUCUUUUUUUGACGAUCGUAUGAUAUUUGGUAUACGAAAAUAUCAUAUAAGGAUUUUAAAACGCUUCUAUCCGUUCUAUACUAAUUUUUACGAAAUGGUGCAUCAUAGUAGACGGCCAUCUGUAUUGUUACAUAUAAAUAUGAAUUGUGCUGUGAAAACUAGUAAUAAGUAUAUCGUCGGAUUGUCAAAUCGAGUACGUUAUGAUCAUUGUAAAUAUGUAUAGACGCUUGCGGCGAAAUCUACCAAUUAUAAUCGGUUCGAUUUCAUUCAUUCAAACUUGAAAGCUACCGAUUAAUAGCCUUUUUAUAUAAAUCAAAAAUGUUUUGUACGAACAAGAUAUGAUAUAGGAGGUUUUAAUGUUAGAUACGUAAUGUAUGUAUAAUAUGUGACUAUAUACAUAAAAUAUGCAAGUGUGAUUAUCUAUCACGGUAAAUCAACUUAAUUUAGGUAAAUGUUCACUUUUACACAGCCGACCUCCGAGUAACCUUGACCUUGACCAUUAAGGACAUUCGGAGGUCGUUUGGAGCUGGCUGUGUAAAGAUGAGCAUUUACUUUAAUUUAUAUUAAUCAUUAUAUUUACGCUUAGACGCCGGAUAUUUUGGUAGAUUUUACAACAUAAAUGCGUUAUUCAUUGCCUAAAAAUUUUAUGUCAUAAAUCAGUAUUUGAUUGCGCAAAAAUUAUUCUUCAAUACAUAAGUAAACAUGAAAAUAUUAGAUUAACAUUCUUCUCUUUGUACAUUACGUUGGCCUAAUUAAAUUUCGUUAAAUAGGCAAUAUACAAUACAUAGCGUAUAAAACCGAGUCGGCAUCUUUGAAUCACUGCCUGAGAGAUAAUGAUUUACGUAGGAUUAAUUUAUGCACGCAUAACGAAAUUGUAUUUGAAGUUAGUCCCGCUAUAUAUUGUGAUUGAUCGAUG